AUGAAAAGACAUAGCAUUGGGAAACGAUUUCGCAAAAUGAAGGGAUUGCGUAAAACAGAUCCUAAUGCGGUCAUUCCAGAAACUCCUAAAUAACUUCAAGAUUAUAUAGAAACCUUGACAGCUUAAGGUGUGUAGAUCAAUAAAGUUAAGUAUGCAAUCUUUAAAACUAAAAAUGGUUUAAAAUAUCCAGGUCUAGUUGCAUCUGAGAAAAUCUUAUCAAAUGAAACUCUAGUUUCAGUGCCAAGAGAUUUGCUAUUAACAACAAGACAUGCAUUUGAAUCUCCUUUAAAACAAAUGUUUUUAGACCAUCCACAAUACUUUAGCAAUCAAUUCUACCCUUCUUGGGAAGAUCAUUAAUUAAUGGCAUUUAUCCUGUAUGAAUAUCAGAGAGGACCUGAAUCUGAAUGGCACCUACUAAUCUCUAAUUUGCCUAGAGACAUCGAUUAUCUAGUAUUUUGGAAUCCUGAAGAAUAAGAGCUAUUGGAUGAUUAGCAAUUAGUCAAAUUGGCUAGAAAAUAAUAUCAAGAAUUUGUAAUUGAAUACGAAACUCUCAAAUGCAUCACUGAUAAAUAUCCACAACUAUUCAAACCAGAAACCGUAACAUUUGAAAAUGCCAGAUGGGUCUAUACACAUCUCGUUACAAGGUGUUUCGGCAAGUACUUAGCUUAUGUUACAAUGGUACCAUUUUGUGAAUUAUUUAAUCAUGAAUGCACAGACGUGUUCUAUGAUUUUGAAUACAAUCCUGAUAAUCCUAAUAAGAGUGAGGAGAGUGAAUAGGCUUAAAUUAAAGAGUUGAAGGAUGAUGAAGAAUUAUCAGUCACAUCUUCUGAAGGUUCCUAUCAUUCUGAUGAUGAGAUCAGUGAUUCGGAAUAUGUGACAGACACCUACGAUCAAUUCAAAGAGUUCGAUUUCGAUGAUUUUAGUCAAUAAGCUACUAAGAAGUUUUAUGAGGAAUUCAGCAAGACUUUCGAUAAUAAGUAAAAGGAAAAUGAAUAGCAAGAAGACUAAAUUAAUAAGACAUCUGAUAACAAUGAAUAAGACGAAGAAGAGUAGAAUAAAAGAAUAAAGGAGUUGUAAGAACAACAAGUUAAAAUGAAGAAAGAUUUUAAUAUUAAAUUGAAUCUUUAAAGAGAAGUAUACCUAUUGUCGAGAGACUGCAAAACAUUUAUAUUUUAAAAUAUUGAUUAUGGAGAUAAUUAUUCCAUCUUCUUUAUUGGAUAGAUGUUUGUUAAAUUAGAUAAAUCCAUCUAAGAAUACAUAAAUGGUGGUAAGGCUUAUUUUAUGGCUAGAGAGGAGGUCAAAAGAAUCUAAUUAACUUGUAAUACCUAUAAGAACAACUUGUAUGCUUUUCAGAAGGAUGUCAUGAAGAAACCAAUCUAUCAAACAAGUUAUUUUUAACAAAAAAGAUCGAAGAGUCAAAAUUCAACUUUGGACACUCCUGAACAAAUUCUAUCUUAAGCCUUAGAUCCAGAUUGUGAGUAUUAUAAAUAAGUUUGGGAAAAAGACAAGUUUGAUAGAUUUGUAAUGAAAGCUGCUAGUAAGGAUCAAUUUGAGAAAGGAGCUUAGGUUUAUUUCUGUUAUGGCAGAUUAUCAAAUAGAAUGAUGCUAAUGAGAUAUGGAAUGACCUUAGAGUACAACAAGUAUGAUCAUGCACAUUUGAGAAUCGAUUAUUUAAAAUAUGUAUAAAAUAUCGAAGCAGUCUGGUUAGUCCACAAAUAUCAAUUAAGUAAAUACAAAAGAUUUAAAUUAAAGCAUACUACUUUUCCAAUAGAUUUCAUAGUAUUUUGUAAAUCAAUCUACUGGACUUUUAAUGUGCAUUCUUUGGAUACUUUUUUCAAGAUCUAAGAUCUCAAAUUAGAAAGAAAAGCAUUGCAAUUAGCUUUGGAGAUUUUGGUUGAAGAAAUAUCUAAAUUUACAGAUAAAUUAGAAGACAACGAGAAACUAUUGUAUGAUAACAAGUUGGGAUAUCAUGAAUAUUUUGCUGUGAUUUACAGAUUGGAAAGACAGAGAAUUUAUCAUCAUAAUAUUAAUCUAAUCAAAAUUUGUAUUGUUGUUAUAGAUAGGAUGCUAGAUGGAAUUCCAUUUGAAUAAGCCACUGAAAAAACAUAGUUUGAUUUCGAUUAAUGCGAAACCAAUCGUAUAAUCUUAAGGAAAUAUUUUGAACAAAUGAGAUACGCUCUCUAUUUACCAAAAUGA